UCGAAUUGUUUAUUUGUUCGUACAUACGAAUAAUAAUUAAUAAUAAAUAAAUGCCUAACGAUCGAAUGAAAUGCACCGAUAAACCGCUAGUUUGAAGAAAAAUAUAUAAAUAUAAAAAAUAUCCAUAAUCUCAAGAGUUUUUGAGACGCUCUAUAAAUGCGCCGACUAGGACGCUACUAAAAUUAACUAGAGAGUCGUUCGAGUUCGUGAUCGGCACGCGAGUCGAAAUCACGUCGGGUGGCGCUCGUUUAGGUUGUGUGGGUCGGCGAAAUGUAAACCACGAUCUGAGCAUCUGUUUAUUCGUUUGAGAUGCGUGAAACGUACGUGAAAUACGCGCUCUUAACUGCAUUGGUCGCCUUGGUAACGCACGUUCGGACGACUGUACGAGCCGAUUCUUUUGCCCGGUUUUACGAAAAGGGCGUAGAAGCCUACUUGGAAGAGAGAUAUGCACAAUGCGUCGAAUAUCUCGAAAACGCCGUAGAAGCUUUUCGAAUACAGAAGAAAAGAAUUCAAAAUUGCAGACUGAAUUGCAAACACGAAUCCGACGAAUCCAUACCUCUCUUUCCUAUCGAUAUAGAAGAUCUACGGUUUUUUGAGAAAACCGUACGAAACACGCUGUGUAUUUUACGAUGCCAAAAGAGGAAUAUGGGCGGCAUCGUAUAUCAUGUCGACUCGGAAAUAGGGAAUAUUUUCGACAAACGGAAACCGUACGAAUAUCUACAUCUGUGUUAUUAUAAGAUAAACGAUAAACAGAAGGCGGCUGGUAGUGCGUUCACUUUUCUAGUAGCAAAUCCGGAACACAGUCUCAUGAAACGGAAUUUUCAACAUUAUUCGGAAAUGCCGGAAGUUGACCCGAGCGAAAUCAUUAAUUACGAAGCUGAGGAUUACGUUUACAUGUACGUUCACGGAGCCCAAGCCUACGAAAAUAAAGACUGGGACGGCACCGUAUCCAAUAUGGAAGAGAGUUUAAUAGCUUACUUGCAGGCCGAAGAUGAAUGCAGAGCACAAUGCGAAGGACCGUUCGACCCCGGCUGGUAUCCCGAUUUCGUCAUGUCCAUUUCAAAUCAUUUCACGUUUGUUUUGAAAUGUAAGAGAAAUUGCAGUAAAAUAUUAGGAAAUGUCAACGGUCAAGUGUACGACGACUUAUUCGCGAGUCACUACAAUUAUCUGCAAUACGCUUAUUUCAAAAAGGGAAAUUUAAUGGCGGCAUGUCAUGCCGUCGCAAGUUUCCUUCUACUUUUCCCAGCGGACGAGAGCAUGCUAAGCAACAUGAAAUAUUAUCGAAGCUUGCCGAAAACGCAGGAUAAUUACUUCACUCCCAGAGAGGAAGUUAUACGUUAUGCAGACAGAGAUAAGUACGAAAGGCAAAUAAUCGAGUUCGUUCAAGCCGAAUUCGUGUCUAUUGCCGCAGUAGUCGCCAAUUCUGAUCAGGCUCGAGAUCGUAAAUCUCAUGAACUGACGAACAACGGUUACCUAAGAGCUUCUUGGGACGAUGUGGCCUCUAGUAAAGAGUGUCAGUUACUGAUAAACAUUGCAGAUACGUUCGCCAGCGUCAACGAAGGUUACACCGGUAUUAACACAACAUUUUUGUCACCCCACACGGAACACGAAAAAUUCGCGGGAGUUUCUUUGGCUAGAAUUCAAUUUUUGGUAUAUAUAGGCAUUUUAAAGGCGGAAUAUUUGAAUUCCCUGUUAGAUUUAACGGAUCGAAUUCGAGAGAUCGUAGCGCUACAAUUUAACAUAGCAAAGACGCUGUAUUUCUCUUAUACCCAUUUAGUAUGUAGAUCAGCGCUUCCAGCAUCGCCAGUCAAUAGAGACGAUUGGAGCCACCAAAUACACGCCGACAAUUGUAAUUUAAUUCGCGACGGCAAGUGCGAGAAGAAGGAACCCGCAUUCUAUUGGAGAGACUAUAGCGCGAUUUUGUAUUUAAAUGACGAUUUUCAGGGCGGCGAAUUUGUAUUCGCCGAAGACGCGAACGGGAUCAACGUGCAGGCUACGAUAAAUCCAAAAUGUGGGAGAAUGGUUGCCUUUUCUUCGGGAAUAGAAAAUUUACACGGCGUGCGGCCAGUGAGUAAGGGUAAACGAUGCGCUUUGGCUAUAUGGUUUACUUUCGACCCUCGACAACGCGAAUCGGACAGAGACAUCGCGUCCUACAUAAUAAAUAACCACAUUAGACUUGACGAUUUUAUUGAAAAAAACUUAAACAACUAAUAAAUAAAAAAUAUUUCUGCGCUAACCUGUCUUUUACUCGUCGUGGGCAAACAUAUUUGUGAAAAACUGAAAGCUCGCGGUCGCCGUAAGAUAUAAUUAAAUGGUCCCGUGGGAUACGU